UAAAGAAAGUAUACAAUAAAUAUCCAUUAGUCCAUACUGAUUGAAAUGGUUCAGUGAAUGAAUAAAUAAAUAAAGGAUACAAAUCUCCCACACGGAAUUCUAAAUAAUUUAUGUAGAUACUUCUGUCUCAAGGAGGGGGAGCCUAACUCUGCAUACCUGAAGUGUAAGCUGUGCAUAGUAACUGCCUUCCAAAGACUACAGUAUGGAAAGGAGGAAGAAAGAAUAACUUUACAAUGGAGAAAUUUGACAAACACUGUCUCAACCAGGUGAUCAAGGUCAACAUCAACAGUGACAAGUAAUUUUGAUAGUAUGUAUCUAGUAGCACCCUUGAUAUGUGAUAAAUGGCAGUUAUCUCUGUGGUCUUCCCCCCCAAAACCUAUAACCUCAAUCCAAUCAUAAGAAAAAAAUCCAAUAGAGGGACAUUCUACAAAAUACCUGACCAGUACUCCUCAAAACUGUUAAGAUUAUCAAAAACAAGGAUAUAUGACAAUUAAAUGUAAUGUGGUAUCCAGGAUGGGAUCCUGAAACAGAAAGAAAACUUAAAUCAAAAAUGAAGAAAAUCUCAAUAAAGUAUGGACUUUAGUUAAUAUAUCAAUACUGGUUCAUAAUUCUAACAAAAUAUCAUAUUAACAGUUAAUAAGAGAACUAGAUGUGGGGUAUAUGGAAACAUACAUAGUAUCUUUACAAUUUUUCUAUAAAUCUAAAACUUCUAAAAAUUAAGCUUAUUUUUAAAAAUAACACUUUAAAAGUGGCCUAUCUCUAGGCCAUCUAAUGUUAAAGAUAAAAGGCUUAAGCCAGUGAUUCUAAAACUUUAGCACACAUCAGAAUAACCUACAGGGCUUGUUAUGUUAAAUAACAUAUUGUCAGGCCUCACUUCAGAAUUUCUGGUGCAGAAGAUAGAGGGUGGAACUAGAAAAUGCACUCUUCUGAUAAGAACCCAAGUGCUGUUGCUGCUGCUGCUCCAGGGAUCACACUUUGAGAACCACUGGUGUAAAAUCAAGGAUUAAAACAAUGAGUAACUCUCCUCCCAUUCAGCAGGUGGAGGUAUUUGGGGAGCACUCCCUGGAAAUUUUCUGAGGAUACUUCCAGAGCCCAGGAGAAGUCCCAUUAUCUCCUUUAUCCUCCAUCCUCCUGCCUCAUCCUAAGACUCAGUAUUAGUGAGAUAGAAAUGACUCAGACCAAGUUAGCAGGAUAUCCAAGAAUCCCCAGUGUAGUGAAGGAGUCAGAGAGUAAACAAUUGCUAAUUAAAAUGAGACAUGUGGGUAAAUGAUUGAGAAGCAAAGCAGGAUGGAAGUGGCUCAAAGAAUUUGAAAAGCUUCAAGGGUCAGGAGAGAUGAAGCUCAAAGUGCAUAAUGAUUUGGAGAUCAACAAAAGAAGUGGGCAAGGAAAUUCAAAUCUGGCAGGGAACAGAACACACAAGGACAGGGGUCCAACAGCUCUUGAUUUUUCAGAAAAUCUGAAACCUGAACACUUGGUGGAAGUCUAAUAGUUUCACUCAGGUGUGUACAAUAUAUAAUUAUCAUUCCCAUCUUACAAAGAAGAUUCUGAAAUGUUAAGUAACUUACUCAAGGCUUCCAGCUGGUAAGGAAGAAGAACCAAACUGGUUCUCAGAGGACGCUCUAAGUCUGGUGGCUGCCUCACAUACAGUUGGGCCCUCUACCUCCUUCUCCAAUCCCAGAUGACAUCCCCUAUCCUCCUGGCUUUUCUCUCCAAGCCCUCUCCUUCUUCUCAGCUAGCUUCCCUAGUCUCUUCUCAGAACUUCUUCCAUAAUUAACCAUUACCAGACUCUUGAGCAAGGGACAGGAGUCCAGAUUCUCAGGAUCUCUGCCACCACUUGCUGGCCCUGUGUAUAAGUAACCUAAACCCAGGGAUCUAAAUCUCUGCCUUGGCGUGGCCAACCUUCUCCCCCAGGUUGCUGAGGAUCAAAAGAAGUAGGGAUGAGACUACUCUCCCUCGCGCCCUCUCCUGCGUGCCGGCAGACACACAUAUCCCGGAUCUAGAACCUACAAAUAGUUUAUUCAGCCUCAGGAGAUCCGUCGAGUCCAACAGGUGCAUCUCAUCUGCAUCGCAGGCGGAGCCGCAGCCUCCGGCUAUCCUGGCGCCAGAACCCAGCAGGGUGUGGAUCUACAGUUGCGCAAUUUCAUCCGGCGAUGAGCCGGGAUAGAAGGAGCCCUCCGUCCGCAGGAAGAGCAGCCCCAAGCAUUCUAACAGUGGACUGCUGCCUUCGCGUUCAACCUCUGCGCCCGCCCAGUACCCAGGGUCCAACCCCUCCCCGCCAGUAAUAAAACCUCUGCACCCCGGCACUCCUUCCAGUGAACGGAGACCCUGGCCCUGCGCCUGAGCGGAGAGAGUUAAUUCCAACCGCCCCUCAGCUGGUUUCGCGGAAUGAGUCGUGGAGCCAGCUCGGCACUGAUUGGCUGAGGCUCUUGGCCACGACUCUCCAAGGCUCCCCAUUGGGUACCGCACGCCACUGACUGGAGUAUGGCGGCCUGGCCGCCGCAGGCCAUCUGGAGGGAAGCUGCGUCGGACUCCCUCAGCUGCCUGGAGAAAUUCAUUCUGGCUGGAGUCUCGACUUACUUCCGGGUUCCAGAUCUCGUUGCUGUUCCAGAGACGCUACUCUUCUGGAUCUUUUUCCUCCAUAACUUGACGGGUUUCCCUUUUCCUUCCUCCCCGGCUCUCAUUUCCCAGCUCUGCGUUUCCCUUCCCUACUUCCGGCCCCCCAGUAGCCGGCCAGUCUCAGCAUUCCACCUGCCGGCCUCCUGGCUUCAGCCCCUCCUUGACCUCAACUCCUUUGACCUGUCAUAACCUUCUCGCCAGACUCUCCUAAACCCCUCUUUCUACUCUUUGCCAGCUCCUGACUCCCAAAUUUCAUCGAACUUUUAACCUCUUGAUAUCCGCCCCUGAUAUUGUUGACUCCCGAGCUUUAAAUUCCUACCUCUUAAAAUCUGGACUGCUGAAACUGAAGUCUUCCCUGAUUUCUGACCCCGUUUCUGAAGCUUAUUUUGAUUUUCUUACUCCUGGACCAGUUCUUGCUAACGCUACCCCACCAUGGACUUCUUGAUGAGCGGCCUGGCAGCCUGCGGGGCCUGUUUGUUCACCAACCCCCUGGAGGUGGUGAAGACCAGGAUGCAGUUGCAGGGAGAACUGCAGUCCCCUGGCACCUACCAGCGACACUACAAAAAUGUCUUCCAUGCCUUCAUCACCAUAGGCAAAGUGGAUGGCCUGGCGGCCCUGCAGAAGGGCCUGGCCCCUGCCCUCCUAUACCAGUUCCUGAUGAAUGGCAUCCGGCUUGGCACCUAUGGGCUGGUUGAGGCUGGGGGCUACCUACACACAGCUGAAGGCACCGUCAACCCUGCUCUCAGUGCAGCCACUGGAGCCCUGACUGGGAUCACUGGAGCCUACUUGGGAAGCCCUAUCUACAUGGUGAAGACACACCUACAGGCACAGGCAGCCUCAGAAAUUGCUGUAGGGCACCAGUAUAAGCAUCAGGCACUAACCGACAUUGCCCAGAAACAUGGUCUGGUGGGGUUGUGGCGUGGGGCCAUGGGCUGCCUGCCCCGAGUUUUCGUCGGUUCCUCCACCCAGCUGUGCACCUUCUCAUCCACGAAGGACUUCAUGACCCAGUGGGAGAUAUUUCCUCCUCAGAGCUGGAAGUUGACUCUGGCGGCCUCCAUGGUGAGUAGCAUUGCAGUGGUCCUGGCCAUGACACCCUUUGAUGUGGUCAGCACAAGGCUCUACAACCAGCCCACAGAUGCUCAGGGCAAGGGCCUCAUGUACCGGGGGAUCUUGGAUGCUCUGCUGCAGACCGCUCGGACAGAGGGCAUUUUUGGCAUGUACAAGGGUAUCGGAGCCUCCUACUUCCGACUUGGCCCCCACACCAUCCUUUCUCUCUUCUUCUGGGACCAGCUGCGCAUCCUCUACUACACAUACAUCAAAUAACAACCACUCUUCCACAAUCCACCAAAUUGGCACCCCUUGGACACUUCUGCCUCCAUUACUAUGUCCUGGUGACUUCUCAUCAGGUGACCUUUCAUCAGGAGGAGACAGCCAAUCUCAUUCCUUAUCUGUUUUCUCAGGGUUGAAUCACUACAAGGCAUAGUUUCCCUCCCUUCCUUGAGUGUUGCUUUAAACCUUCUCUACCUGUCCUCCUGUACAUUUCACACCCCUUCCUCAGGGCUAAACCAGUCACUCCAAAGUGUAUUUCCUCCCCUUCUCCACUGCCAGCUUUGGAUCCCUUCUGAUCCCAUGUACAACUUUAAACUCCUCCCUCUAAGACCAAAGGGAAUUGGGGGGUCCCAGGUGUCCAUUUAGAUUCAAAGGCACAGAGAUUAUUUUGGUUAUAAAGCAAGUUUAUUUCUGCA